AUGGAACUUUCAGAUCUUCAUGGAGAACUUUCCCUUGAAAAUUUACAGAAUGUUGAAAGUGGUGAAGAUGCUUCGGAAGCCAAUUUGAUGGAGAAGCAGUAUCUGGAAGAGUUGAAGCUGUAUUGGAGUGGUGAUACUGAUGAUUCAAAACAUGACAAGAAUGUACUUGAUAAGCUGCAGCCGCACACAAACCUGAAAAGGAUUUACAUCCACAGAUAUGGAGGUACAACGUUCCCAAAAUGGUUAGGAGAUGGCUCAUUCUGCAAUAUAAUAUUUUUACUACUUUCUGAUUGCAAAUUCUGUGCUUGUUUGCCAACUCUGGGUCAACUAUCCUCCCUCAAAAAUCUUGAAAUUGAAGGACUUGAUGGAAUAGUGAGUGUGGGUGCUGAGUUGUAUGGGAUGGAUGGUACUUCUUGUACGAGGAUGGCAUUCCCAUCGUUGGAGUCCUUAAGAUUCAGUAAGAUGUCAAACUGGGAAGAAUGGUGUUCAUCAAUUGCUAUUGAAGAUGGUGAAGUUUUCCCCAAGCUACAAGAACUCAUAAUAUCGGACUGUGAUCGGCUGAUUAGCAUAGAUUUGUCUCACAACCUUCCAUCUUUAACAAAGUUAAGAAUUGAUGGAGAUGAGGUUGUUGUUUCAUCACUCCCGAGGACUCCAACUCUUCGCCAGCUGAUGUUAGGGGGCAGGUGUGAGAAGCUAGAGCUACAGAAACUGCCACAGACAAUGGAAACUAUUGCAAUCGGAAAUCGUUAUUCUAGAGCAGGCCCAAAUUGCUUAGAAAUCUUGAAUUGUGAGAAAGUAGAAUUCCCAUUAACGCACCACUCUCUCAGAAGGUCAUCCAUCCAAGAGGUUUAUGUAGUAAACAGUUGUGGUUCACUGGAAUCCUUUCCUCUGGAUUUCUUUCCCUGUCUCAGGCAUCUUAGCAUUGAAGCGUGUAAAAAUCUAGUAUCUCUGACAGUCACAAAGUCAGAUGAGCAGGACGUAACCACCACCCUAUCACUAUCAACAUUGAGCAUACAAGAGUGCCCCUGUUUUGUAUGCUUUCCAAAUGGCAGAUUGCAUGCCCCUAAUCUGACCGAGCUUAAAGUUAUAGGCUGCAAGAAAUUAAAGAAGCUGCCGGAUCAAAUGCAUAACCUCCUCCCAUCUCUGAAAUGCUUGUUCAUUGACGAUUGUCCAGAGGUGGAGUCAUUUCCUGAAGGUGGUCUGCCCUCCAAUCUUGCUCUUCUUUGGAUUAGAAAGUGCUCAAAACUCAUUGCACAGCGAAAAAAGUGGGAGUUACAAAAACUCCAAGCUCUUGUAGAUUUUCACAUCCUAAUAGAUUCUGAUGAUGAUGGUGAUAGUGGAGGAGAAGGCGUUGAAUGUUUUCCUGAGGAGGGGCUGUUGCCUUCCACUCUUACCUCUCUCCACAUCUAUGGAUGUGCAAGUCUUAAUAGAUUGGACAUCAAGGGGCUUCAACAACUCACCUCUCUCCAACGUUUGUGCGUCAGUCAGCACCCUCAAUUAUCACAGAGUUUGCCACAAUUGCAUGCCUCUUUUCCUCCUUCAAGGAUCGGUGAACGUAGUCCUGCUCUGGAAGAAGCGUUCUGUAACCAUAUUUCACAUAUCCCCCAUAGUGACAUCGAUUUUUGUCGAGAAUUCAAACCAAAGUCUCCCUUGGGUAGAAAAUAG